AUGCAUGUGAUUCUCAAGAGCAGGCAUGUGACUCUCAAAACACUCAGAAGAGUUUCUGUUGUAGAAGAGUUCAGGGCCCAGGCUAUUGCUGAGCUGUUACGGUUCGAGUAUGACUGGCUACAGGAGUUGGUAGAUGCUUUGCUGGAGGCUGUUGAUGAUGCUGAGCUGUUUUUGGAGCUGUCUAUCGCCGACAUACUGUGGGGCUAUGAGGACAACCUGUUGAAGUCUAUAAAAGACAUAGCUGAAAGGUUCAAUCACACACUUCCAGAUCAAUUUGGUUUGUUCUACAAUACGAAUGGUUCUGAUGAUGGGGUAUACACGAUAUUCACCGGGUCAGAUGUUCAGGGAGUUGACAAAUUCAAUAUCAUUGAUAAAUGGAACUCUAAAACGAGUCUUGGUUACUGGAACACAACACUAUGUGACAUGAUAAACGGAACAGAUGGAACAAUGUUUCCUCCUUUUGUUGAAAAAUCAGACCGGCUGUAUAUCUUCUCCACUGAUAUCUGCAGGUCCAUAUAUGCAUCAUUUGAAAAAGACGUUUCCCUGAAAGGAGUUGAUCUGUACCGCUUCUCUGUGCCACCAAGGGUGUUUGAACGUGCAUCUCUAAAUGAGAACAACGCUGGGUUCUGUUCCGGGAACUGUCUCCCGUCCGGUGUUCUCAAUAUUAGUGUGUGCAAAUCAGGUGCCCCAGUGGUUAUUUCUAAUCCACAUUUCCUCCAGGCAGAUACAGAGGUCAUUGAAGGGGUGAUCGGCAUGCACCCAAACAAAAAGGAACACGAGACUGUCCUGGAUGUUGAUCCCCUGACUGGCCUUGUGUUCAAUGCACAGAAAAAACUUCAACUUAAUGCACAUCUUCAGAAAGUUAAUCAUAUUAGAUCUACAGCAAAUAUCAAGGAGGUGUUUUUCCCAAUAAUGUGGCUUAAUGAAAGUGCCUUGAUAGAUGACAAAUCAGCCAAUGAGUACAAGUCGGGUCUGCUGACGCCAAUAAGAAUCACACAGGCAGUGCAGUAUGGCCUCAUUGUGGUAGGAGCUUUCCUCUUCAUCUGUGCACUGGCUUUCCUCAUCAAACACAGAAUGAGUCACAAAAAAACUGAAGUACUUGUAGAUAUUCCUAAUGAGAGACUCACCAAUGAUCGUCCACCCACAGAAAAGACUGUCCUCAUACAGCAGUAACAGGAGGCUGUCCAGGGAAAACCUCGGUCAACAGGAUUUCUGUAAUAUCAUCUCCCUAAGAAAUAAGCUACCCUCGCUGGGUUUACAAAUAGCUGUUCACUGGUGUGAACCAGCACAGUGUAUCUUUAUGAAAUCUGGGGAAAUGAACUGGCCUUAUGGUAAUCAAAACAAUCUUCUCAGUACUAGAUCAAGCAUGAUUCUAUAUAUUGUAUCACAAAUUAUUGUGGACAGAAAUUUCUUUAAAAAGAUGAUUAGGAAUAUUGUAGAACUUGCACACCCAUGUGGUUUUUUUAUGGGGCUGCCUUGGAGAUAAGUCCCCGUACAAUCCAUCAAUGUACAUUGCAUUUACAAUGUAGCAGAUUUUGCUGCGAUUGUAGAUUGCAGAAUUAUUUUUCGAAAAAAACAAGGAAUUUGAUUCACUUAAAUGAUUAAUUCAAAUUAGUUUUAUUUAUUUUUAUGUUUCCUUUACUACACUGCCUUGUGUGGCGGUGUUUAUAUGUCGUUACUAGCUUCACUAGUCAAAUAGGAUAUGCUUCAUAUGAAACAUAUGCUUAUUAAACUGUACAAAUAAUUCCACACCAUAUAUAUAUAUGCCUUAUAUUUUAUUUUGACCUGACUUAAGUACAAGUAGAUAUAGUGAUUGUCGUAGAAGUUAUUUUUAGGGCAGACCAAAAAUAAAGGUAGGGAGUUAGCCCAUAUUGAAAAUAAAAAGCUCUCUAGUUUUGAUAUGGGUAAUAGAGUUCCACAGAAUGAUUUAACCUCUGUCUGUAGGUGUUGAAGAAAGAUUUUUGACUUUUCAAGCCUCUGACUGCCCCGAGAGAAAGUUGUCUGCCUUUAUUUUAUAAAUAUCUGUGAUGUAACAGACUGCAGAGCCCUUAAUGAAGUAUCAAUCAGCAGGUUCAGAAUUUUCAUAGUUUUGAUAAAAUGAUGGAAAAAAUUACUCAAUAUUUCAUUGCAUACAGUGUACUCUGAUGGUUAUUAGUACAAUGAGAGAAACUUGCAAAACAUUCAAUAGUCAAAACAUAAUUCUUUAAAAGAAAUUUUAGGUAAAAAAUCAAACUAACUGAUGGGAUCAAAACAUUAAAAAGGGGAAAAAACCGCCGUAGUUUACGUUGUCAGUAUUUUGUUCCAGAAUAAUUAGAAGCUGGGAUUUUAUUAGAAUCAGUUUGGUAAUAAUGAAAUGAAGCUUGUGACUAUAAUCUCUACUUUUGUUACAGUGUAGAGGGCAAAACUUAACUUGUCACUUCAUGUGCUAUAAUCUAUUUUUGAUUGGAGUAGGUUUUUAACAAACUGUAGUAGGACAAGUAAUAGUGAUAAAGAUAGUGCCGUCGCUGGGGCUAGAACCAGCGCCCUUGUCUCUUCAGCCCGAUGCUCUUACUCCUGAGCUAAAGGGAAAUUAGGCAACCUAAUCAAUGCACAUCUUUUACAAAACUCUGGAAAAAAAAUAUGUUCUGGUCGGAAAAAAACCGAUGCAGAGAAUUUUGUGUAUUUGUUCUAUUACAUAAUCUGAAUUUGAAGUAUUAUCUGGUAGUUCCUAUUUAGGAUAGAUUAACAUGCCUUUGUAUAGCUAUGCAAUAAUGAAGUUUUUAUGGUGAAAGUGUAGCAUUAAAUAAAAAAACAUUUUGGAUGAAUAAAACGUUAAUGUGAAAUGUGUGGUUGAGAUGCAUAAAUAAAAGCUAUUUUCUUUCUCAAAAACAUUUCUGUUUAACUUUAUUUUGAAUAUCAGUUUUAAAAAAGCAUUAAUGUACUUGAAAAAUUCUAGUUUCAAAGGGAGAUAAUCAAACCAUAAAUUGUGUUAGAUGGUUAUUUUGAGAAUAGCAGGUCUGAAUUAUUAAAUACCUUUGUAGUUUUCACCAGCAUAUUCAUAUGGAUUUAGUGGUAAAAAAACAACUUCGCGUUUUACUGUCAUGAAAAAGGACAGCUUUAUUUCUUUCAUCCUUGCCUUGGAAUAUAGCAACACUGUGAUAAAUUGUGUAUGUGUGACUGUGCAAUAUCACCAUGACUUGAUUAUCUCACCGGGUCUGAAGGACCAAGGGGAGCUUAUGCUAUACCGUGGCGUCCGUCGUCCAUCCGUACGUCAACAAUUUCUUCAAUGGGGAUUCAAAAUUGUACAAAUGAUGGGG